GUUUCAUGGCUCAAUCGGACGCGACGAAGCGGAAAUGUUGCUGAAAAACAAGGAAGGAGCUUAUUUGGUAAGGGAAAGUCAAUCGGCAGUUGGAUCAUAUGCUUUGAGCAUGUGGGUGAAUGGUGCAAUAAAGCACUACAUGCUUUAUUACGACGGGAAGUCUCACUUUUUACGAGAAGACAAGAAAUACGACACCUUAAGAGAUCUUGUAGCAGAUGGUUUGAUCUUCAUGUUUUUAGAAGCUCGAGCUUCAGAUUACAUUGAACGGAUGUUUCGUGAAGCUUCAUACGCUUCCAGUCCGUUUGUGACCCUGCAGGCCAAAAAGCGC